GAAGGCGUAAAGAUAAAAAAAAAAAUCAAAAACUUCUGCCCGUUUCUCCGCCUCCGCGCUCUCCCGUCGGUUGCUGUUUCUCCCUCCAUUUUCCGCUUCGUUUCUUAGGGUUUUCUCCUCCUCCUCUUCCCAAUUCCACGCGCCCGCCCGCGCGAUCCCCUCCGCCAUGGUCCCGGGAGCCCGAAGUACCGGCGGCGUGGCUCACUCGGCUUCCAACAGCGCCGCAAACGCCGGUUCCCCCUCCGGCCGCUCUAGACCCGGGAAGGGGGCUGCGGCGGCGGCCGCCACGACCUCGGCCUCAACAUCAACGCCGGCAAGAGGGAGCACCGUCGCCCGCCGCCUCAGUGAUCUCGAAAUCAAGGGGGAUGGCGCGCCAUCGCCGCAGACCGCCGCGAGCAAGAAGAAAAAGAAAGGAGCACAUGUAGUAGGUCCUGACAAAGGUAACCGUGGUCUGCGCCAAUUCAGUAUGAAAGUCUGUGAAAAAGUUGAAAGCAAAGGGAGAACAACCUACAAUGAGGUGGCAGACGAACUUGUAGCUGAGUUUUCAGAUCCAAAUAGUAAUAUUGGGUCACCGGAUCCUGAUAAUCCCAAUACACAACAAUAUGAUGAGAAAAAUAUAAGAAGAAGGGUUUAUGAUGCACUGAAUGUCCUGAUGGCUAUGGAUAUUAUAUAUAAAGAUAAAAAGGAAAUUCAGUGGAAGGGCUUGCCUCGUACGAGUAUGAGUGAUAUUGAUAAAUUGAAGAUCAAGCUCAUUGGACAGAAAGGUAGAAUUGACAAGAAAAGUGCAUAUUUGCAGGAGCUACAAGACCAAUAUGUAGGCCUCCAAAAUUUGGUAGAGCGAAACGAGCAGCUAUACUCUUCAGGAGAUGCUCCUUCUGGCGGAGUGGCCCUGCCAUUUAUAUUGGUUCAGACACGUCCUCAUGCAACUGUAGAAGUGGAGAUAUCAGAAGAUAUGCAGCUGGUGCAUCUUGACUUCAAUAGCACUCCGUUUGAGUUGCACGAUGAUUCCUUUGUAUUGAAAGCUAUGGGGCUCUCUGGUAAAGAAGAAACUGAUGGCACCUUGGCUCUGGUUGCAAACGGAAUUGAACGCUCAAGCACACCAAAUGUUUAUCCGCAUCGUUCACCGCAACCUGCAAGGCGGAGUGGACUUAGAUUACAGACCUCACCUCCUAUUCCUGGGAUACUGAAAGGGCGUGUCAAGCAUGAACAUUAGAGUUAAUGUUGUGUGAGCUUCUUGGUUUUUGUACUCCCUGGUCUUCUGUAACUUAAGAUGUACAGAAGGUGGAAACGCACUCUAAUUUAGUUUGCUGAUCGGUACGAAUUCUUUGGGGACGAACUACUUGGUGUUCGAUCUUGGUGCGGCCAGCCGACCAGCGCAGGAGAAGGCAGUUGAUGGUAGAUUGAUUGGCAUGGUGAUGCACCAGGCACCUAACUGAUUUUUCGGUUCUAGUUUCUUUUUUGUUCCUUUGCUGGUUUAGAAAAGCAAACUUUGUUUGGUCCAAUGUACCUAUGUGGCGCUAUAUAUCUUGUCAAACCAGUCCAUGUCAAUUACUCCUUUUUGUAUAUUCGAGCAUAUUGUUUGUUUUGACAGUUGUAGUUGAAUGCACAUUGUUUGUUAUGUA